AUGGCGGAACUAGUGGAGAAUAAAACUACAAGUUUAGUAAGUACAAAACAAAACGAUAUUGCGUGCGGUGCCAAUUCUAACAUUGCUUUGAUAAAUAUUGACAAAAUAACAGCAAGUAGUGAAGAACUUGGUGACAAUGAUAAUAAUAUUGAGGAAAAGGGGAUAAAUGGUUGUAUAAUUAUAAAUAAUGUAGAGGAGAGUAGUCUUAGAAGUAUAAUUGACAAUGAACUCGCAUUGAUCCGGUUGAAAAAUGAACUUGAACAAGAGAAUAAGAAAAUGUUGAUUGAUGAGGAGCAGGAGCAACUGACGAAUCACCAUCAUCAAUUGGAGCUUUCUUCCCAGCUAUGCCAAGAUCUGGUGGGCAUAAACAACAGCCGACUCAUCAUAGAAACAGAUAUUGAGGAGUCCAACGGUAACUUCAGCCAAAAUUUUUUAAAUAAUUCAGGUGAAAUCCACGAGCGUGCUCUGGGGAGUAAUAGUAAGCUUGUUGAUCAUCAGAGUUAUCAAGAUAACAAUAAUGAUGUCGCGGCUGCUACUGCUGCUACUUGUGAUGCUGCUGGUACAGAUUUAGAUCCAGAACCGACUGCCCUGAAUACUUUAAUUGAUUUUCUUGAGGAUAGAGGGAAGAAAAGUGAACUUUUGGCAGAGGAUUUGAAAAAUGCGGAAGAAUCUUUACCAGAGCAUUCUGUUAUUAAGAAAAGUUGCAUGAAAAAAAACGUCAGUGAAUUUGUCGUUAAUGAGAGCGAGAAUGGAUUUUCAGUGGAUUUUCCGUCGCUAGAUCUUUAUUCUAGCGGCUGGCAAGAUUCAGCCAGGUUUAUCUUUAACGAGCAAUUAUCAGCGACUAAUAAUAACAAAGAUAUUAUUAAGAAGAAAACUGAAGAGAUAAUAAAUAAAAAUAUUGAUGGUGAUUCUUCAGUUAAAGAUUCCUCAAAUAUUGAAGAUGAUAUUCUCACGGAAACUUGUUUAUCUAGACAAGAUCCUAUUGAGAGUACAAUAAUAAAAAAUAAUUGCUAUGAAGAUUUAUUAAUAGAGUUUGGUAGCAGUUGCAACAGCAGAGAGACUGGUAGUAGUCUUUAUCGAGAAAAUAGUAAUGAGGAAUCAUUGACCGGCUGCAGCCGCCAACAGAAGCAACAAGUAAAAAAUUCUUUACUGCUGACUGAAUUAAAUCAUUUUAAUGCCAUUGAUUCACCAGAACCCGGCGAGGACGAGGAUGAGGAGCUGGUUACUACCGAGCCAGACUCUAAGAUAAUGUCCGAUAUAAAUUUAACUGGAUCCAAAGAUAUUGUUCUUCCCGACAGCGAUAAUUGUCAAUCUGACCAUUCCGAGUUAACCAUUGUCAGCGACUCGCCUAAGAAGACUAACGAUCUUAUUAUUAACAAUGACAAUAUUAAUAACAAUAAUAAUGUUAAUACUGAUGAACUUACUAAUAAUUUAGGUGUUUGUGAGAGCAUGUCUAUUUUUUCCCUAUUAGACCCACCACCAGUUUGCCGAAAAAUAUUUGAUGACAAUUUAACAAAUGCAUGCAGUACCGAGAGUUCAGAGGAGGUGAUAACAACCAGCACAAUAACCUCCACGACAACUAAAAGUUCGGCUAAAAUAAAGAAGAAAAAAAUCGAGGGUGUCAUUGGUAAUAGCGACGUUACGUCCCAGUCUCCACCUCAGUCAUCAAUCAGCGCGACGCGCACUAAAAAAACUAAAAAGAGCAAAAAAAAGAGCGACCUCGAAAAGGAAAACAUUUCAGUGAAUAUUAAUACUGGAGACUCAAGCAUGCACAACAAUAAUAGCCACCAUAAUUACCGCAAUUCCGUGUCCGCGGAGGAGUGUAUUUUAGACCAGGAUGAUUUUUCAAACGUUAACGUCAAAACUCUAACACAAUGUUACACAUUGGAAAGUACUAAGUGCAAAGAGCUGACGAAAUUCAAUAAGGAAACAAUCGAGACCGGAGUAUCCAUUAAACAGUUGGCGGGACAAAAUGGUGGGUGUGAUGCGAACCCGAAUUGCCGCAGCUGUGGCAAGGUUGUGUUUCAAAUGGAGCAGACAAAGGCCGAGGGUUUAAUAUGGCAUAAAAAUUGCUUCCGAUGCAUUCAGUGCAGCAAGCAACUUAAUGUCGACAAUUACGAAAGCCACGAGUGUACGCUCUACUGCAAACCACAUUUUAAGGAGUUAUUUCAACCGAAACCUGUCGACGACUCGAAUCGCUCUCUAUGUCCGCAAAAACCGGAGAUGAUUAUUCGAGAGAACCAUCCUAAAGAGUUACCACCUGACGUUGUUAGAGCUUCUGAUAAACCGGAUCUUGGGCUAGAAGAGCUGUCAUCACUUAACGUUAAAUCACGCUUUCAAGUAUUUGAGAAAUCAUCAACGAACGAGCAAAUGAAUGACAUUGAAAAGUCCGCUUCACAGAUAUCUGUCAAGAGAUCACCGAGUAUUCUCAGUAAACUUGCUAAAUUUCAAGCUAAAGGAAUGGAUAUCGGAGUGGCUGAUGAAUCAUUGAACGGGAUACCGUAUGAAGAGUCAAGUGAAAGUGAAGAAGAGGAAGAAAAUGAAGAAGACGAGGAGGGUGAUGCAGACAUAGUUAAAUCGAAAAAAUCAAUACGCGAACGUCCGAUAAGUUUUACUAAAAUGGACGACAUGAAAAAUCGAUGGGAAGUGACGAGUCAACAAGGCAGACGUGAAUCACAGCGUGAAGCACGCAAAGAAGAAAUUGCCGGCAUACGUUCAAGGCUCUUUAUGGGUAAGCAGGGUAAAAUGAAAGAACUCUACCAGCAAGCAGUGGCUACUAGCGAGCGUGUCACAAAGAUAAAUCCUGCUGAAGAGUUCCAGUGCACACCAGCUCACGCACGUUCAAUAAAAGAAAAAUUCGAACGUGGCGAGCCGAUAACUUCUUCGAAUGAGGAUGAAGCUGAUAGUAACAGCACAAGCAAUAAAAUAAAACAGGAAAAACCAGACGAAGAUGUUAUUGCAGCUGGUAUAAGUAGAAAAUCUCGGAGUUUAUUUUUGGAAUUGGAUGCAUCUGCGGCCAAAAGCGGAAGACCAAUGACACCCGCAGCAGCACCAGCCAAUUCAAAGUCUCUCACUGAUGCUCCAAGACGCGCUAGAGAUGUACGAGCAGACGAUGUGGUUCGUAGUACAGAUACUACCGAAGAAAUUCAAGUCGAGACAUCCGACAUCUCAAAUAAAUUUAAAUUUUUUGAGACAUAUAAAGAACCGGAGAAAGAAAGAAAGCAGUUCAGAAUAACGCCACCACGUGAUGGACAAGUUAAGGUGAAUUCACCGGAACGUGAAAUUUAUCGGGAUCCGGAUGUAAUACGAGCGGACGACAAAGUAGACCAGCUAGUUCAUACAGACACGACAAAAAAAAUGCUCUCCAUAUUCAGGCAGAUGGAGGAGAAGGCCACGAAAGAAGAUGUACCUGAUGGACCAAAGCCGCUGAAGCGUUUCACACCGCCGCCGGAGGAUAAGUAUGCUAAGCUGACUGCUUCUGACACCGACGAGGAAGAGGACGGCGAGGAGGAGGAGGAAGAUGGAAACGAGGAUAUCACCGAGGAGGAAAGAAGAAAUCCUAACUACGUUCGGGCUUCCGAUAAGAAUGCACAAAAUGCAGCCAACGCUAAAACACUUCGUGCCAAGUUUGAGCAGUGGGAAGUUAAUGACAAAAAAAUUAACAAUCAUAGCACCACAAUUGUCGAUGAAAUGGAGUUAAUAAAAGCGACUAACGGCGAUGGAGAGCAGACUAGCAUAGAAUCAACAAGAAGUCUCAAAGCAAGAUUUGAGUCUUUGGGUACUCAGCAAGUAACCGAGUCUCCACGUGCGCCUAAAGUCAAGGUCAACAGAUUCGUGGGAAUACCAACGACUGUUGACAUAGAUAUUUGCGAGAGCUGCCAGAAGAAGGUCUACCCCUUGGAAAAAAUAGAAACUAACAACAAGAUUUUUCAUAAGCAGUGCUUCAGGUGUUUGCAGUGCAAUUGCAUCCUCAGAAUGGACUCAUUUACUCUCAAUAACGGCAAACUCUAUUGUAUUCCUCACUUUAAACAACUGUUCAUUGUCCGAGGCAAUUACGAGGAAGGCUUCGGUAUAGAUCAGCAUAAAAACAAAUGGAUUAGCAACGGGGCCUUAGAUAUAUCUCCUCAAAACACAACAUCAUCUCCGAUUAUAAUAGACUCAUAA